CACACUCUGGCACUCCUCCGCCACUUGCACGCACGCGGUGGAUUCUCUCAAGCACAAACGCACAGGUUCUCGGGGCGGGUUCUUGGUUUCUUUGUUUUUUCUCAAUCCGUCGGGCGGUGCUUGCGCUCUCUCUUUCUCUCUCUCUCUUUCUCUCUCUCUCACAGCAGCGCGCGCGUGGAUCAGAGAGAUUAGAGCUCAGCUGCAGAGAUAACAGACGGGAAGAGAGAAGUGAGAAGUGAGCGUGAGAGCAGCAGAGCCGAUCGGUGCGGAGUGUGAGUGCGGCGUGAGGCGUGGAUGUUGGAGUGUGUGCAGGCAGGCGAGCAGCCGCGGCUCGCGCUCUGAUGGUGCUGAGGAGAGGAGACAGACCGUGAGGCACCGGAGCCGUGAACAGAGAUGCUGUGGGCGGACUGUAAAGUGCUGGAGGCUGUGAGAGGGAGGCGGGGGUCACGUCGGGGGUCUCGAUCAAAGCUUUCCUGCUCCUUCUGGUUCGUUCUGCUGUUUGGAGCUGGAGGUUUGGUGCUCUUCAUCCACCUACAGGAUCUAUCAGACAUGGUGCAGCAGCAGGGACCAGGGGUUGAGUUCAGUGGCAUGACACGGCAGACAAGGGAGGAACUGUGUCCCCAGCAGGAUAGUCACAUUAAAGAUGGUGCUACAGCAGUUCAGUUGAACAGACAGCGCAGACCAGAUGAACCUAGUGCUGAUAACUCCAUCUCACCCAUGCAGUUUCCCGCCUUUGAGUGGAACAAACCAAAUCAAGCUUCUCAGAGGAUCACCAAACGCCACCGGAAACUCCUCAAGACCAGCACAGUGAUCCGCCCUCUGUCUAAUUCUUCCUCCUUCUUUUCCUCCUCCUCCUCCUCCUCCUCCUCCUCCUCAUCACACUCCACAUCUGAGAACUGGAGGCGUCUCUCCCGUAUCCAGGAGUCUCGUCGUCGCCUAAUCAAGGAAGUGUGCGCCAAAUACCGGAGCAACAUCUCACGAACAAUAACACCACACCAUGUGUCUCGCAUCUAUGUAGAGGACAGACACAAACUGCUCUAUUGUGAGGUGCCCAAAGCAGGCUGCUCCAACUGGAAGAGGGUGUUGAUGGUGCUUGCUGGUGUUGCAUCCUCCACACAAGAGAUAAACCAUGAUGCCGUCCACUACAGUAACCAUUUAAAGAGGCUGGACAGUUUCGAUCGGCACGCCAUUGCCGAGCGCCUCCGCUCCUACACCAAGGUGCUGUUUGUCCGUGAACCGAUGGAGCGUCUCGUCUCUGCUUUCAGGGACAAGUUUGAAAGCCCCAACUCGUACUACCACCCUGUGUUCGGAAAGCCCAUUAUCUCCAAGUACAGGGUGAAUGCAUCCAAAUCGGCACUCAGGACAGGAAGCGGCGUCACCUUCCAGGAAUUCAUUCGCUACCUGCUGGACGUCCAUCGUCCAGUGGGUAUGGACAUACACUGGGAGCCAGUGAGCCAGCUCUGCAGCCCGUGCUUGCUCGACUAUGAUUUUAUCGGCAAGUUCGAGACUUUGGAAGAGGAAGCCAACUUCCUGUUGCACAGGACUGGAGCUCCAAAAAACCUCACAUUCCCAACGUUCAAGGACAGGAACCCGAAAGCUGCCAGGACUUCCACACACAUCACACGGCACUACUUCACACAGCUCCAUGCCUCAGACAGGCAAAGAGCUUACGACUUUUACUACAUGGACUAUCUGAUGUUCAACUACUCCAAACCCUUUGAAGAUUUGUAUUGACAAAUCAGUGAGAUGGUUGGUUGUUGUUGUUGUUGUUGUUGUUAUUGUUAUUGUUGGUGUUGUUGUCAUGGCUGUAAUUGUAAAAUUAUCAAAAACUGAUGGUGUAUAAAAGCUCAACACGUUUAUAUAUAUUAUUAACUCAUGCUAACUGCUAAAACUGCUGCUUCCUAGCAUUAAAUCUUCAAAUAACACAUAACUUGGAUGGGACUGAAACAGAUCAAUCUGAUCACGUAUUAGACACGAACCUCUCUCUUCACUUCAACCGAUUCAACAUUUAUAGAUUGAUUCCCUUUCAACUGUUUCAUCUACGUAAAGUAACACCCCUCUCUUUAGAGUGUGCACACUUUCACGACUUAAAGUAACUGUAAUAUUCAGUUUUGUAAAAAGGGCAUUCAGAGGAUUAUAUAUUUUUCUAUGUAUUUGUACAAGUUUGGCUUUAUGCUUGUGUGUGUGUGUGUGUGUGUGUGUGUGUGUGAGAGAGAGAGAGAGAGAGAGAGAGAGAGAGAGAUAAUUGGCUACACUGACGAGAAAUAAGGAUGUAAUGGACAUUGUAAUGGACAUAACAUGGGGGUGUCAAAACAUUUUAGCGAUCAGGUCACUUUACACUGAGUUCAAUGUUAAUGUCAAGUGGGUCGGACCUAAAAACACUUCAGUGACCAACAUCAUCAACAUCUCCGCCUAAAUGUGUUCAGCCAGCAGUUUGGUUUUACCGUAGACAUGCAGCGACUUUCAUAAGUAUUUGAACUGAAAAGGGUUGAAAUAAUUAAUCUACACAAAAUAUCUCAUAACAUAAUCUUGAAGUGUGUGUGUGUGUGUGUGUGUGUGUGUGUGAAGUAGGAGGAUCAGUAUUGUUUGCAAAUGUAUUAACAAAAUUUAAAAAGUUGUGAUUGCAUAAGUAUUCCCCCCCAUUGCUCUGACUCCCCAAGUUCUUGUGCAUGGUCAGAAGUGUCAGUGUACAGUAGGAGUCCAUUUGAGGUACAAUUUACACUCAGGUCCCCUCUAGGGCUCAUUAUUGGACCUCCUGGGCCAAAAAGGUACAUACGGUAUACACUCACCGGCCACUUUUUUAGGAACACUCAUCCAUCCACCUGCAGCUGUUUGAUGCAGUUCUAUAAUCAGCCGAUCCCUCAAAUGCAUCAAAUCAUGCAGAUACAAAUCAAGAACUUCAGUUAAUGUUCACUUCGGGAAAAAUUGUGAUCUCAAAGUGUGACUGUGGUAUGGGUGUUGGUUUAAGCCAGAUGGAAUGAACUGGUUUGAGUAUUUCAGAGACUGCUGAUCUCCUGGGGUUCUCACACACAAUAGUCUCUAGAGUUUACACAGAAUGGUGCCCAAAACAAAAAACAUCAAGUGAGUGAGUGAGGGACAGUUCUGUGGAUGGAAACAAACACCUUGUGAUAAGAGAGGUCAGAGGAAAAUGGACAGAUUGGUUCGAGCUUUUUUGCCAGGAACGAUAAAGUAACUUAUAUAAUCACUCUUUAAAACCGUGGUGAGCAGAAAAGCAUCUCAGCAUGUUAGAAUCAAGAACAAGUUCCUACUAAAGUGGCCAGUGAGUGUAUGUUCUUAAUCAGUGUAUAAAGGGUACAAAUAAGUACCUUAGAGGGAACUGAUCCAGUGCCAACCUGUUGUACCCCUAAAGGUACAAUACUAUACUUUACCCCCCAAUAGAACAAUUGAGGUCUUAUUUUUUCUCCUAAUAUUUCAAUUUAAUAACAGUCCUCAAAAGGGGCAGCACGGUGGUGUAGUGGCUAGUGCUGUUGCCUCACAGCAAGAAGGUCCGGGUUCGAGCCCCGUGGCCGGCGAGGGCCUUUCUGUGUAGAGUUUGCAUGUUCUCCCCGUGUCCGCGUGGGUUUCCUCCGGGUGCUCCGGUUUCGUCCAAAGACAUGCAGGUUAGGUUAACUGGUGACUCUAAAUUGACCGUAGGUGUGAAUGUGGGUGUGAAUGGUUGUCUGUGUCUAUGUGUCAGCCCUGUGAUGACCUGGUGACUUGUCCAGGGUGUACCCCGCCUUUCGCCCGUAGUCAGCUGGGAUAGGCUCCAGCUCGCCUGCGACCCUGUAGAACAGGAUAAAGCGGCUAGAGAUAAUGAGAUGAGAUGAGAACAGUCCUCAAAACAAUUUUGAUUUAAAACACAGUUUGUUUGCGGUCAGCCAGAUUGGGAUUAGGACUCAACCCACAUGUUGAAUGUUUGACACCCCUGAUGUAAGAAACUCAGAAAUUAGGACAUAUUUGGACUUUAAAAAAAAAAAUCCCAAACCCUCACUUUUAGGUUCUACACAGUAUCUUCUUGAAGUCCCUUGAUGUUUCCACAUCUUCUGGAAUUGGUUUCCAAGCC